AUGAGCAAGACUACAAGCAACUCUUCACUAUUGGACAGCCCUGCUUGUAACAAAAACUGGCUUGUGAUCCCCAUUUGGAAAAGGACAAAGAAUCACCACAAGGAUGGAGCCACCCUCCAGGGGCACAGCUCGCCCAGAACCUGUCAAAGAAGCACUUUAAGAGCCAGGGGGAAACUUCUCCAGUUUUGCAGGCUAGCCCCUAGCUGCAUUUCAACACACCCUACUCUGAGAAGAUUGAGAGCCACUGGCUGGGAGGUUUCACACUCAGUGCUUCAGCAAAACACAUUGACCUUGUCCACCAGGGAAAGCUGGAGGGAUCCUGCAAGCUCCUCAAGUUGCCUUUCUGAGAGUCUACAUGGAAGUCCAAAGUCCACUUCUCACUUACAAUCACCCGUGACACCCAAAACAAGGUGACCUUCAAACUCUAAAGGAAACAUCAGUGCAGCCAACACCAUCUGGCCACUAACAAAGCCCAUUGAUGAAGAGGCCCUUCCUGCCUCUCAGCCCAUGGGUAAGGUAUCCCUCCAUCAGGCCUCCUCCCCCAGGGAGGAAGGACCCACACUGCCCAGCCUUACAUUACAAUAUGUAGUUUCUCAGCAUUGGCAACACAUGGGCAUGAAUCUCCCGGAGAAGCAGUGGUUCUGUGCGCGCAGAUGGAGGGCUGUGGUGCUGAAUCUGUCUGGACUUAAAAUUCCCGGGGAUCUUCUAGUGUCCAGUGGAAUCACUGAUUAUCUGUGCCACCCACUGCUGCUGCUGAAUCGGGUCCUAUUCAUUCUUUCAUGGCCUUCUCGCCCACGGAUGGAGGCACAAGCUGAGCAGAAGCCCAGUAAAGACGGGAUACCACAUUCCCUGAAGGUGGAUGACCACGAGCUUUACCCAUCAGAAUCCAAAAAACCAAGACGGCCUUUCUCCAAUAGAGGAGUGAGCGAAGACAGACACAAACACAUGUCUCACCCGGAAAGCUGACUGUCUUCCCUGACGAUUACAGACUUCCUGGGCUAGGAAUUCUACAGCCUGAAGACCUUAAUGAGUACAUUAAAAUAGCUGCAAAUUUAUGAAUAUCUAUUGGAUGUGGAUUUGUCGAGGCUCUGUAAAAAUCUGUAGGCCUUAAGUCAGGGGCAGACAAGGGGAAGAGCUCUUGUUAGCUUCCAUCUCUUCUCCUGCCGUCUUUCUGGGGAACCCCCUGUCUACUGCCUGAAUUCCUCGGCUGGCGUGUUUUACCUAGAGAUCCUGAGGCAAAGAGAAGAAUUCAGCAUUUACCUAAAAUGCUGUGAACAAAACAAUCAAUUCAGAGGGCUUUAUCUGCCUGAGCUGCUAAUGGCUCCACAUCACAGGCUUACCGGAUACCCCUGGUUGCUGAGCAAUUUCUGGAAAGGGAGUACAGCCACUGAGAUCGUGAUCUACUGCAUUAAGGAAAAGGUGAAGAAGUCAAUCUGGAAUCUUGAAAGAAAAGUGAAGUGGCCUGACUACUUCCAAGAACAUAGACAUCUACUACAGAUUACAGUAUGUCCUCCACUUUAGGAAAGAGAAAAAAAGAUUUUCAUUCCAGAGGGGUUGAAGCAUGUUUUCAAAGAACAUCUGACAGAAAAACUCUUGUCACCAACCAACAGGCACCUUCUCUAUGAAGGAAAACUAACUCUUACAGUCUUAGAAAAAAACUCUUUUUUUGUAUGAUGUGAAUGUGAGAACAGAUAUCGACAGUGUAUAGCAGCGUUUUUAUCACAGCUCAAGUGGAAAACAUCAGAGCAUUUUCCCAUCAAGGCAACAAUAUGGCCAGAUAAUAAGUGCAUUAUUAUUAUUAUUAUCAUCAUCAUCAUCAUCAUCAUCAUCGGUUUUUGA